AGAGAUUCUUGAAGAGUGAUAAAUAUGACUCUCACUCCUUCUCUGCAGAAAUGGGAUCCCAGCCUGAAGGUGAUCGCAGAAGGCUAUGCUGCUAAAUGUGUCUGGAACCACAACCCCGAUCUGGAGGAGACCGGAGAGAACCUGUACGCUGGGAACAAACCUCUGGACCACAGAGAAGCUCUGGAGGAAUGGUUUUUGGAGCACCUGAACUACGACUUCAACAACAACAGCUGUGACGAAGACAAGAUGUGUGGGCACUACACGCAGAUGGUGUGGGCGGACACACACAGAGUGGGAUGUGCGAUGCAUGUCUGUAAUGACAUGGAGGGUCUGAACUGGGGGAUGGCGUACUUCCUCGUCUGCAACUACUACCCGGCGGGGAACUAUGAAGGCGAGAGGCCGUAUGUGGAAGGUGACUGGUGCUCCAGGUGUCCUGAAAACCUCCAGAAGUGUGAAAACAACCUCUGUGUUGAUGACACGGUGGAGGAUAUGGAUGAAGACGUAGAUGAGGAAGAAGAAGAAGAAGACGUGACAGAUAUUCCCAUGACUACAGAGCCCUUCCUCCUGCCCGACCAGGAGCUGAAGGAAGAGGAGGCGGUCCUUCCUCCUCCUGCGACUACUGACGCUUACGUCCCGCCUCCGACCACGACUGCUCCGUCACCCGCAGCCACAACCACACCCGAUCCCCCCCGCAUGAACACCGACGCCGCAGACGACUCUGAAGAAGUCCAGGAAGAGAUCGAGAUCGAGAUCACCCCCGCCCCGGGCACAGUGCCCCCGAGAACCCCCCCGACGACGCCGGGACCACAUGAGGAGGUGGACAUAAAGACGGAGGAGGAAGAGGAAGAGGAAGAGGAGGAAGAGGUGGUGGAGGAGGUGAAGGAGGAGGAGGAGAAGAGACAGCCUGCGAGAAAAGCAGAGAUAGACGUGAUUGGGAAAAUAUUCCAGAAGCAGGAAGUUACAAAAAGCUCUGGUUCAGUAUGUUCGUCCUCGGUGCUGCUAGCCGGUCUGAUGAUGAUCCUGAACCUGAGGCUGUGAGGAGGAGGAAGACGACGAUGAUGAAGAGGAGGAGACAAUAAGAUCACCUCACCUCGCCACUCUCGCAUUGACUGCACACGACCUUGUUAAUCCACCCUGAGGUAACAAACAGCUUCCAGUCGCUCAGCCCGUCCACUUAAACGGAUCCAUUAACCCUUCACAGUAAUAAUCAGGACUCAGCUGCAGCUCUCUGAACGCCCUCCUGUAGUCCGGGACGAGAAGUGGAGCAAACAACGUGUGCAAAAAACCCCUGCUACCAAAACACACGAAUAACACCGCCUGAUAGUCCACGAGCAAUAAACGUUGUCUUUGUAUAAAAAGAGACAAACUUACAUCAUCAGUCCAAACCAAGUCAGGAAAAUACUGCAGAAUAACAAACACUGAUCAGUCUCAUGGCAGGAGUCAGGAGGUUAGCCUAGCUUAGCAUAAACACUGUAAGCAGAGGGAAACUACAAGCCUGGCUCUUUGAUUCUACGAACACCUGAAACAAUUUAAGAUGUACUUACAUUUAGAAAGUGUGGCGCCCCCUGCUGUCAGCUGAGAAAUGAAGAGGAGUCAUGUGGAGAUUUGAACUCUAGGUUUAGUCGCACGGUCUCAUCCGGCGUUGGCGUGGGUUUCUACUAGAGAAGGGAACCGAAAACCGGUUCCAAGUGAUUCGAUUCCUGGGAAUCGUUUGUUUGCGUGCCUAACGAUUCCACUUAUUGGAAGUGUAUUUUGGUUUAGAACUUUUCCAACAUGGCGUCGAGGCAGAAGCACUCCAGAGUUCGGCUAUACGUGAAAAGAUGAGACCGGGGCGAGUUGCAACACUUGCAAAGCUUUCAUUUCUUCAAAGGGGGGGAUACUUCCAAUAUGCAGAAACAUUUGUCCUCCCAGCAUGCAAUUCAUCUGUGGAAAUGUAACGUGUUUGAUACGCUACUUAGCGAAGGUGAGUCUCAUCCAGGUAAAAGAAGGGGCGGAGCUAACGUCACGGCGUCGCCUGCUCUUAAUGUCCAAGGUAACGAUAAACUCCUCCAGGUCCUCUGUUGUGUUUAUGUUAGCUCCCUGUUCCCCUCCUUUCACCACAUGAGUUCUCUCCAGCUCCUGAAAUCCAACUUUAGAUGACGAUGACUGUCAGAGUCAUGCUAGCUCAGAGGGUUGGCUCUCACACCGGCUCAGAGGCUGCAGCGGGUAGCUUUCACGCAUCUCUAUGAACCCCUUUCAUCGAGGCAGGGAAGACUAGACUGACAGAGGCCAGGAGAAAUGAGUUCAUGGAGCAGUGACCAGGUCUGUGGUUCAGGGUUUACACCCUGUUGCCACUGUAGAUGCCUCUGAGCUUUGGUAGGUUCAUUUACUGCAUAGUUAUCUCCUCAGGUGAAAUCUAGAGCGAUCAGAGUUGCAUGUUGUUUUAACCGGUGUAGUUAUGGAUCAUUGUUCCCUUGUUUUCUGUAGGGAGAUGAUAAAGACUCUCAACUCUAAACACCAAAACACUCCAAACAAACAAACAAACACAAACAAACAAACCCAUUUGUAUUAUUUCAUUCCCUCAUCCAAUGAGAAUCUAAAUUCUUAUCAGUUCCCAUCCCUACUUUCUACAUCGGCCGCAUCCACCAAGUGACGUCCAAGUUAUCUGGACUUAAAGGCAGAUGUGAUGCGUUAGUGUGUUUCACAGCUCUCUCUGCAGGAGCUGCGCUUCAAUCCAGAUGAACUGAGCUACGUCUGUCGAUGCCGUCGCCUUCAUGACGCUCCUUUCCUCGUUUCCUGAAGACAGAAAUCGUGUCGAUGAACGAAGAGUUAGGAUUUGCUCAUGCCUCUUUUUUCUCAGCUGAGAGCUUCGUAACAAAAAUCCUGCAAAAACACCGUCAGAAAGUUAGCAGUCAGUGUCGAGGAAUUCAUGCAUUAACUUCCUAUAAAUCUCAAAAAUGACGACACCUAUUUACCUUGUUCUGUGUCGGCAACAUCAAUUCAAAAUGUAAGAUGUCCUUAAUCUGUAGCUUCAGUUUCCACAAGCAGAGAUAACUUUAUCUGCAAGACACCAGAGCCCAGCUAUAUCAUAUGUUGUAGUUCACAAUUCCACCACUAGAUGUCACUGUUGUUACUUUACACUCGCUUUAGACAUCUUACCGUAAUACUUGUGUCAUGUUUUACGUAUGUUUACGUUGCUGAAACAAACGUCACAUUAAAAACAAAGCUUUUCACUGAUUGGACGAGUGAAAACGUCAUUUCCAAGACGUAUUUUUUGGUUAGCUUGGGCGUUAGCAUGAGGCUGAUAUCUGCACGGUGCAGCUAAACAAUGAUACAACUUAGGUUAGGUCAGCUUAUGUCUUAUAAUCACAAACAAGCCAACAAGGCUCUGAUUGGUCGGUUGAAAAGGCGGGAAAAGAAAUGAUGCCAAAAUAAAUAAGUAAAUAAACCAGGCUAGCUCUUUCCCUUUGCGUCCAUACUUUGUGCUAAGCUAGGCUAACUGUAUUCGAUGUCUGACUUUGGACUGUAAGCACACUUUCACCCUCCUGCCCAACCUGAGGUUCACCGCUAAGUAUUCCUUUAACGUGAGAGCAGACUGAGGUGAACAAGCAGCAUUAAGCUCCUCCCUCUCAGUGAGGUGUCCUUAUUUAACGCACCUUCACCUGAGAGGGUUCUUCAGUUCAUCAUGAAGUCGUGCUGAUGAAUAAAACCAGAACCACGAGGCUUCACAGCGUGAGAUGUUCGGCCCCGGACGGUGCGGCGUCCUCUCCUUGAAGUCUCUUUUUAUUUAGUGAUGUCAGAGAAACCGAGCUGCACGCCGCGCUGAAUCCAAGCAGGGCGUGUCGUGAAGAGAGGCGGGGCUCUCUGUGUCCGCAGGGUGGGGGUGGAGUCAGUGAAAUAUUUACAGGAUCAUCUCAUGUGGAAACAAAGCUCUGUGAAGACAAAGGAAAGAAGUGGGAGACAUGUUUAUUGUGUUUGUAGUGUUUGUAGUAAACGCAGGAGGACUGACGCUGAGUGUUUGUGUGUCAAACUGACGACCCUGCUUCUUCUUUCUCUUUAAUAUAUAUAUAUAUCUACUGUUCUUCAUUUACUCUCAGACUGGAGCUUCAACUGGACAGAGUCUUAAUAAUUUACAGUAUCUGUGUUACACUGUCGUAGAUAUCAGGAAUCACCGUAACUAUCUUCAAUAACUUUAGCAAUGAUUGAUGUAAAUGUCUGUAUAUAAGAUUAAUAAAGAAAUAAACUGAGCUUCUCCUUC